CCAACAGGCGUGGCCAUGGAAACCACAUCAGAUGGUGGUCAUGUGGGAGUGCGCACUGGAUAUCGGUGAUGAUACUGUCCGAGACAAGUCGGCGACCUCAUUACGCAACUUCUCCACCGGCACCAUCUUGGUCAGGAAGUAUGCCGACAUCAUCGCGCCAAGAUGGGCUCGACACUGAGCACUUGAACCAGUCAAGUGGCGUCGGGUGGACGUACCAAGAGGCGCUAUCCCCGACCCCGUCGCUCGAUGCCGAGGAUGACAUCUUCCUCAAGAGCGGCAUCACGCCGGAAAUGAUCCUCCAAAGCCAGCGCAACGAUGUAUCGAUGCAACAUAUCUACUCGACGGUGUUCACAAAGGAAAACAUCCAAAAGCUUGGAUUCCGCAACCUCAUCAAGCAGAUUCGAUCCAAACUUGGCAAGACGACCCAAGUACCCACGUGUGAGAUCCGCGUCAAGAACGUCGACUACACGGCACCCAACUCGAUCUCGGACUCGCAGAUCGAAACGCUAGCCUCUGCCUUCCGCCUCCCUUCUUGGGUUGGCUCGCAAAAGCAAGACACUAAGUACAUCCUCAAGAACGUGAACGCGAUCUUCAAGCCAGGCACCAUGACCCUGGUCCUGGGUCCACCCGGGUGCGGCAAGACCACCCUGCUCAAGCACUUAGCUGGUAUUUUGCACGUCAAGGGUAACGAACAAGUCAGCGGAUCCGUCACGUACAACGGAUGCAAGCCCAGCCAGAUCGACCUGAGCUCUCUAGCUGCGUACGUCCAGCAAAGCGACAACCACUACCCCACGCUCACGGUCAAGGAAACGUUCGAGUUCUCCCACAAGUGCCUCGUGGGGACAGUGGACCCGAACGACCCGCUCGCGGUGAACGAGCAGCACAUGGUGGACAUCCUCAUCUCGGUGUUUGGGCUGUCCGAGUGCGCCGACACGAUCAUCGGGGACGACAUGAUCCGAGGGGUGAGUGGAGGCCAGAAGCGCCGCGUGACCGUGGGGGAGAUGAUGACUGGUCGAGCCACGACGCUGCUCCUGGACGAGUUCUCCAAUGGCCUGGACGCGUCCACGACGUACGACAUCGCCAAGGCCGUGCGGACGAUGGCCGAAGUGCUCGAGAAGACGGUGGUCAUGACGAUGCUGCAGCCCCCUCCCGAAGUGUACGACCUCUUUGACAACAUCCUCGUUUUGGACAAGGGCGAGGUCGUGUACAACGGACCCCGCACGACCCUCCCGUCGUACUUUCGGUCCAUCGGGUACGAGUGCCCGCCUCGUAAAGACGUGGCCGACUUUCUCCAGGAAGUCACGACCCACUUGGGGCCUCGGUACGCCACUUCUUGCGACCGCCUCAUCAAAAACAAGCGCCCCGCCACAUCGUCCGAGUUUGCCGCCCGAUUCCGCGAGAGCUCCGUGUUCCAAAACUUGAUGGCCGAGGUGUCACAGACCGAUAAGCACUCGUGGAACUUUGCCACGGCCACGAUGAGCUCCAAAGUCGCGCUCGGGUACACCGACUGCCUCAAGGUAGUGUUUGGCCGCACACUCAAGGCGUCGCUGCGGGACGGCCGGUUCAACCGGUCCCGCAUGAUCCAAGCGUUGGUGCUGGGCACCGUUGUCGGCACCGUCUUCUUGGAUAUCGGGCGCAAUGAAAUUGUCGAAAACGAAAAGAACUUUGUGCCCAUCAAGGUGGGGCUGCUGUACUUGGCAACGAUGUUUCAAGCAUUGGCCACCCUCUCGGCCAUCGAAUCGAUCAUCGCCCGCCGCUCCGUGCUCUACAAACAGUCGGCGUUUCACUUCUUUCACGUGUCUACGUACGCCAUCUCCGAGGCGAUUCUUGAGCUGCUGUGGACGAUCCCCCAAGUGCUGCUCUUCAGCACGCCCUUGUACUUUGCGGUCGGGCUUGCCAACUCAGCCAGUGGAUUCGUCACGUUUGCCGGGCUGUUGUACCUGUCAUCGACCAUCUACUCGCAGCUGUUCAAACUCAUCACGGCCGUCUCCCCCAACGCCGUCCUCGCCAAGGUGUAUGCGAUGCUCGUGUUGUUUCUGCACAUUGUCUUUUCAGGGUACAUCCUCCCCGAGUCCAAGAUCCCCACGGGGUGGAUCUGGCUCUACUGGUCCAACCCCAUGAGCUGGAUCCUCCGAGGGCUGUGCCAAAACGAGUUUUUGUCGCCCACUCCCGUCUACGAGGUCAAGGUCCCUGCCCAGCUCGGCAACGGCACCCAGGGCAAGUUCCGACUCGGGGAUAUUUCCCUAGACUUGUUUGGGAUGUCGACAAACCCAGAUUUCACCCCCGGCGCCGUGGGGGUCCUCGUCGGCAUCUACCUUGUCCUACUCGGGCUCACCACCCUCGCCUACACCCACGUCCGGAUCCGGAGCCGGUUCUCCACCACGUCGGCGGACGCCAAGGCCACGGACGCCGUGCCGCCGGAUGCGGUUGCGGUCGUAUUCAAGUCGAGUCGGGGCGGCGGCGUCAACAGCCUCCCGUUUGAGCCAGUAACUCUGAGCUUCCGCGACUUGUACUAUACGAUCGAACUGGGCAAAGGCAAGGACAAAACCACAAGGCAGUUGCUCAAGGGCAUCCACGGGUGCUUCCAGCCUGGAUCGCUCACGGCGUUGAUGGGGUCUACUGGGGCGGGGAAGACCACACUCAUGGACGUGAUUGCCGGCCGCAAAACUGCGGGGGUGAUCGAAGGCGACAUGUUUGUCAACGGGCAUGCCCUCGAACGACAUUCGUUCAACAGCGUGUCUGGCUACUGCGAGCAAAACGAUUUGCACGAAGAAACUGCGACCAUCCGAGAAGCAUUCCACUUCAGCGCCGCCCUUCGCCUGCCCAGCAACACGACUCAAGACCAGCGCCAGUCAUUUGUGGACGACAUUCUGGACGUGCUGGAGCUGACUCCGAGGGCCAACGCCCAGUACUUGACACUUAGCCAGGGCGAACGCAAGCGCGUGACCAUUGGCGUGGAGCUGCUGUCGAACCCGAGCAUUUUGUUUCUGGACGAACCCACGACAGGGCUCGACUCCCGCGCUGCGACCAUCGUCAUGGAGUGCAUCAAGCGCAUUGCCGAGUCGGGACGGACGGUCGUGUGUACGAUCCACCAGCCGUCGACAGUGUUGUUCGAGUUGUUCGACAAGCUGCUCCUGCUUAAGUCGGGCGGCGAGCUCGUCUACUUUGGGGACCUCGGCUCCAAGAGCAUCCACCUGCUCGAGUACUUUGCCAAUUUUGGCGGUUUGGAACCCAUGGCGUCUACGGAAAACCCUGCCACGUACAUGCUCAACUGCAUCGGAGCGGGCACUGGCGACGCCAAGAUCGACGUGGACUUUGCCGCUUCGUACAUUCAGAGCAAUUUGGGGCAAGCGAACGACGCGCUCGUGUCUCGAUACGCCGAACCGACGACCGGUUCAAAGCUCUCGUCCAAUCACAUGUCGAGGUUGUCGUUUGGGGCCCAAUUCAGCUUGUUAUUUGGUCGCCAGUGGACCACAUACUGGCGCAGUCCGAGUUAUAACAUUUCACGGGCGGUGCUGAUGGUGUUUAUGCCGUUGAUUUACGUGUCAUGCUUCUACGACAUGGAAGUGAAAACCAACAUGGACGUGCUCAAUCAGAUGGCGCUUGUGUUUAUGGCGGUGUCGAUGAUCUGCAUUGCUACCAUGUCGACGGCAAUCCCGUUCGUGGCGCGCAGUCGCAACGUGUUUUACCGGGAGAAGCUGUCGGCCAUGUACUCGCCCGCCGCGCACUCGCUAUCGCUGGCGGCCGUGGAGCUGAUCUACACGAUCGUGCUGUCGUCCAUGUUCUUCCACGGGUUCUACUGGCUCUGCGGGCUCAAUACCGACACGGAGGCGUGGGGGGUGUUCUGGGUUGGCCUAGCGUCUAGCUUGGUGCUGUGGUCUUACUUUGGCCACUUUCUCGUGUACUCACUGCCGACGAUGCAGAUAGCGGUGUUGCUGGCCGGGGGCCUCGCCUCGUUGCUGUUUGUGUUUUCGGGGUUUAUGAUUGACGGCGAGAACCUUGCCAAGGGGUGGCAGUGGCUGUACUGGAUCAGUCCGUUGCACUACACGCUCGAGACCGUCAUCAUGUCGCAGUUCAAGAGCCAAUUCGGACUCGUCGCCGACUUGGUCGUGGGCAAGCAUGUGCCCAUCAACCAGUACGUCGAAGGGUACUUUCACGGCGCGUUCUCAUAUGACAACAUCAACCGCAGCCUCGGCCUCCUCUGGGUCAUCAACGCCGUGCUGCAGGUGCUCAUUCUGCUCUGCAUGGCCAAGGUGAACCACAUGAAGCGGUAACAACAUGUGGGGACUACACGAUCAUACCUUCUAUUAAUAUACUACUCGUAAUAUUAUACCGUAUAUGCAUA